AUCCCGCGAGCCACGUUGUUCCUGGGCAUGAACCUGGAGCGGGACCGAGAAGGCAGGAAGCUGCUACUUUAUCAAAAGAAGUACAUUCAACGACUGCAAGAACGAUUUGGGACACCAGACUGCACCAAGGCCAUGACAACUCCGCUCAGCAGCCUCUCGGAGAAGGAAAUCGAUCCUGAAGAAGAACUCAUCCAAUGGGGCAGCAAGGAGCGAGCAGUGAAGGCUUACCAGUCACGCGUCGGAUCGGUGAUGUACCCCGUCUCUUGUACGCGGGUAGACGUCGCACAUGCUGCCAGCUUCUUGGGGCAGAACGUGCUACAGCCAGAAGGCCCCAAGUGGAAGGAGAUGCAGCGCACAAUCGCUUAUCUGCAGCAACGGGGAGAAGAGGGGCUACUCUACGAAGGCGGAGAAGAAACAAUGGAGCUAAUCGGAUAUGCUGAUGCAUCUCAUGCAUCAGACAAGAAGGACCGGAAGGGAGCUUAUGGAUACGUCUUUCUCCUGGGCGGGACAGCAAUCACUUGGCAAGCAAAGAAGCUAAACGACAUUGCACUCUCGAGCGCGGAAGCUGAAUACAUGGCGUUAUUCUACGCCUGUCAAGAAGGAGUGCAUUUCACGAACCCCAAGCGCCGGCCGGACCUGAUCGGCAGCUCCGGGCUGUACCUGACUCUGGCGCCCUCCCUGCGUCCCAUGGACGCAUCCAUCAUGCUCACGGGCCCUGUGGCCUACGAGUACCUCAUUCCCCUCAAAACCUUCCCUAAUCCUUGCCCUUCCGCACCCCACCUUUCCCCCUUUCAGGUGCAUUUCACCAACCCCAAGGCGCGAGCUGAUCUCGUUGACAACUCCGGGCUGUACCUGAAGCUCGCCCCGUCCCUCUGUCCCAUGGACGCGUCCAUCAUGCUCACGGGCCCCGUGCCCUACGAGGUGCAUUUUACCAAUCCCAAGGGCCGCAAUGAUCUGAUCGACAACUCCGGGCUGUACCUGAAGCUCGCCCCGACCCUCCGUUCCAUGGACGCGUCCAUCAUGCUCACGGGCCCUGUCGCCUAUGAGUAUCUCAUCCGCAUCCCCCCCGCCAUGCCCUCGUGGACGCAAGUCAGCACGUGCCCGGGCGAGUGCACUGCUGCCGUGUUCGGGAACGAGAGUGUGAAGAUCAUUGGGUCUGUGCUGCACCUUCACACUCUUGGGAGGCAGGUAAGGCCGCGAGAAGACUGUUACAGAGGCCAGGUGCACUGGACGGUGGUCAGCACGUGCCCGGGCGAGUGCACUGCCAAGGUGUUCGGGAAUGAGAGUGUGAAGAUCAUUGGGUCUGUGCUGCACCUUCACACGCUGGGGCGACAGGUGAGACAUAAGAGGACUGUUAAGGGCGACUUUGCAUCGCAGCAGACCAUCCCCACCACGCCGGAGUUUGAGCUGCUGCCAGGGGACGAGCUGCGUACCUCGUGUGUCUGGGACUCCACUGCUCGCACCAACGUGACGCUGGGAGGGCCAUCCACGGAGGACGAGAUGUGCAUUGACUACCUCGUGUACUACCCGGCACGUCAGGGCCAAGAAAUGGAUAUGUGUUAUGACAUGUGUGCGUCGUACGAGAACGACACUCUUGGCAUGGACCCUAACAGCCCUACGCUCUCCAAGUUCUACGCGUGCGGGUCCAACUUCAUCCCCACGUACCAGCCCUGCAAGAUCACAUUCGGUGCCAACGUGCCCAUGAAAUUCCUGAAUGGCUGCCCAGCUGAGACCCAGGCAUCUCUGGCAGACAUUCCCUCGGACACCGUCUCUGCACUGCUCUCCUCCCCCGCAACACCUGCACCUGCUGCUGCCCUCCCUCCUGCCGCUGCUGCUUCACCCCCUACCGCCCCUGGCAAGGCAGCACAAGCAUCGUCAUUCAACACGUUGAUUACUCCGCCCGCGUCUGCCAUAAGGCUGGGGAUUCGAACUCAAGUUCUGGCAUCGGUGAGCGGCCCUCUGGUGAUGUGUGGCUCGGGCGAGACGGAUGGCUCAGCCCAGCUGGAGCUCGUGAGAAGGGGACUUGCUCUCUUCCUCACCUACAAGCUCACCACCCAGGCCGGCACGCGCCCCUCCUCCAAGCCCCACCUCCUCACCGCCAAACCCUGCCCCUCCUCCUCCUCCACCACCUCCACUGCCACCGCCGCCUCUCUCGCCCUCGACCCGGCUCUCUCGGCUCAGCUCGGCUCCUCUCUCACAGCCAAUCCCCUCAACGCCACCGCGGGCGCCGCUGCUGGAGCCUCAGCCAGCCUUCUUAACACCUCCGCGGGUGUUGGUGCCACAGUGGGGGCGUCUCUUCCCAACGGAACGGUGGAUGCGGCAGGAGGUGUCUCGGCGUCUACCAGCCUGAUGGGCACAUCUGCUGGUGUUGGCGCUACCAUUGGAGCGUCUCUUCCCAAUGGAAUGGUGAACACAGCAGGAGGUGUCUCGGCGUCUACUGCGCUGCUCAACACAUCUGCAGGUGUGGGCGCUGGUGCCGUCGUCUCUCCCCCCAACGGCUCUGUCGCUGCAGCGGGUGAUCUCUCUGCUUCCACUGCCCUCCUCAACACAUCCGCCGGUGUUGGCACCACCGUUGGCGUCUCCCUUCCCAACGGCACAGUCUCAGGAAACGGUUCUCUCGCUGCCUCCACCGGCCUCCUCAACACAUCAGCCGGGGUAGGAGCCACGGCAGGGGUCUCCCUUCCCAACGGCACUGUUGGUGCAACGGGCGGUGUUGCUGCGUCCACGGGGCUGCUCAACACGUCUGCUGGUGUUGGCGCCAGCAUUGGCGCUUCCCUUCCCACCGGCUCUGCCUCAGCAGCAGGCGGCCUCUCUGCCUCCUCCAGUCUCCUCAACACGUCAGCCGGCGUGGGGGCAGGAGUGGGCGUGUCUCUCCCCAAUGGCUCCCUCUCCGGCUCUGCCUCCCUUGGUGCCUCCUCCCCUCUCCUCAACACCUCAGCCGGAGCCGGUGCUGCCGUCAACGCAGGCUCGGGCGGCAUCAACGCCAACCUCGGAGCCUCGGCGAACCUCGGAGGCUCGGUCUCCGGCCUCAUCUCCGGCGUGGGCGGGGCUGUGGGGAGCCUCGUUGGCUCGGCGGGGAACAUGGCAGGCUCGGUGGGCAAAAUGGGAGCCUCGGUUGCAGUCUCUCUCUCCCCGAUUGCGGUGCUGAGCGGUGCGUGGGUGGGUACCAGUGGUGGCACCUACGCCAUGGUCGGGCAGACUCGAGUGUCGGCAGCGCUGGCGUCUGCCCUCGUCACCCGCAUGUCCACCAACAUGCCCCUCUUCCUGCAAGUGCGCGUCGGGGCACAGGGCACCCUCGUGGCCAGGAUGGAGUAG